AUAACAGUCCAAAUUACCCAUUACACUACUUUUUCCUUCUUCUUCUUCUUCUUCUUCAAUAUUCAUCCCCAUAUCUUCUUUCUUCUUCGAUUCUUUAGGGACGAUUAUUUUAAGGCCUGUUUGGCGGAGGAACCAACAUGGGCUCAUGUGCUUCUUCGGCUCACAGAGACCAAGACGCGCAGAUGAAGAGGCGCAUCGGCUCCAAACUGAACAACCUCGUCACUCCGUCGCCCGUCGACGUCGACUGCAAGGUCAUCGCCUCCGAUCGUCCGCCUAAAUCGCCGCCGUCGCCGCUUCUCCCGCCCGCGGCUGCUUCUGUUGACUCUGACAGGGAAGACGAAACAUUCUUUGAUUCCCAGCUUUAUCUGGAGUCUGAUUGUGAUGAUGACUUCCAUAGUGUUAAAGGAGAUUUCACACCGUCGAGAGGGAGCACGCCCAUCCAUCACAGGUUCUCGGCGGGACCCAUGUCACCCAAGGUCAAAAGAGCGUUCUUUACCGAGCGGAUUCCCAUUUCUGCCCCUGUGAGGCCGUCCUCGGAGGAGAGGAAGAAGAGGCUGGAAGAGCUUUUCAAAGAGAGUUUAGGGGGCGAUAAGGAGUUUGACAAUGCCAUGAACGAACCAAACGCUUCAAAUAAGUCUGCAUUUGGAACCCCUAAUAAUGCUGAGAGUAGUCCUAUCCAACAACCUAAACACGCUUCUUCGGGAUCGGGAAAACGGGCCCGCCAAUGGUGUUUUCCCGUUCCCAAGUUGCUGCUUUUGAGGUGUAGCUUUAGCGAGGCGAAGAAAACACCACCGCCGCCACCACCUCGCGAAUAAAUAGCUAAUGCUUGUGAGGUAUAUAUAUGUGCUAUUUAUAUGCUCGGUACUAUUUUUGACACCACAUUUGACAUCAUCUUUCUUAUAGAUAUCGCAUGCGACUGACACUAUUUUGUGGCAAAAAUGCUAGGAACCCACCACAGUGUUCCCACAAAUGACAAUCAUGAAUGAUUCAUGGAUACACAACGAUAAUUAAUCUGUGAGCACAUAUAAUUAUCGUUUUUAUAUGUAUGAAAUUGCUUGUGAUUGUCAUUCGUGGAGGCAACCGUGGUGGAUUUCUAGCAUGAUCUGUUAUGUGUUUGUAAAUGUCUAUAAGAAAGAUAGUGUCAAAGGUGGUGUCAAAUGCUAGGAUGUACCCCAAACAUGGUGGAUAUAUAUGGGCAAGAAAUCCCAAACCCAUAAAGAGUGUGUGGAGUUUCUUGAUCAAGAGAUUUGAGUUCUUGUGUAUAUAGUGCAAUGGUGAAUAGAAAUAAAGAAAUGAAUUUUGCUUUCUGGUUUAUUAUCCGUGAGCGUGUAUGAUAUACUUGGG